GGCCAGGUUUGUGUGUUACGCCGUAGACGCGUUGUUGUUUUUGUUACUUCCUUUCUUUUUUUUUCUUCUCCAAGUUUCCAGGACCUUUUAAGGCAGCGCUGACAAAUAUGACAGACCACACGAGGCAGCAGCUUUUUAAGGUGGCAGCUUUUUGGGGUAUGCAUCCAGUUCGCCUUGAAAGGGGUUCUUCGCGGGAGCAUAUACGUCUGUUAACCUGCUUUCUAGUUAACCUUCUUUUCCUCAUAGUGUGUGCAGAGUGCGGGUGGGACGGGUCGUGCUUCAUUUUAUCAUAUUUAGUGGUUUUUUGUUUUCUUUCCAUCUUUUUUAAUCACCUUUCACAAGUCCUCCCCCCCAUUACCAAUUGUCUACUCUCUACAAGUAUGUGUACAUGAAAUGUGACACCGGCCAGCCCAGUGACGGCCAGUCGUGAUGAAAACAGCGUUCAAAGAGCCCGCGGCCGGGCAGAUUGGAGCUCUCCAACGCUGCAAGGUGGAAGAAGGACAAGACUCAGGUCAGGGGCCGCGGCCAAGCAGACUGGACCCCUGAUUCUGUCACCACCAUCGGCGGGCGCAUCACCCGCUCGCGUCGUGGAACCAAGGGUGGUCGGACAGUCGUCUGCACCCGCACAUUUCAAAGAAAACAGACAGAUAGGAUGUCAAAUUAGCAGAUGCCAUAAAACGCGGUGCCCGUUCCGCGCCUCAAGGCUCUUGAACUGACAGCUGCGUG